AAGCGACAUAACACGGGGCUCUCAGUGCAUGUACGUCACCCCGAAACUCUAGGCAUGCGACAAUGGUGGGACACCGUUAUUCGCUUGGUAUAUUCAUCUGAGAGAGGAAUGAGGCCGAGAUGCACGCAGUAUCACUGCUAACAACUUAUUAAAGGCCUUGGUUCAACGUGUCUACCUUCCGAAUAAUGAAAAUUGAGGGAAGAUGACUGUUUUCAGACAACCCACAAACAAGCCAAGUCGUGGCACUGCCACCCUCAUAAUUAGCAUUGUCCUAUGCCUGGCCAACGCUCAUGUAGCAAAUGCUGAAGAAGCCGACAAGGAUUCUUCAGAUGGCUGGAUGGACUACUGGUUUAUCCGCUUGGGGCUGAAUGUCCUUGGUUACCUGUCAGUGAUUGUUCCUGCAUGGUUGGUGAUUAGCUACAUCAGACGCUCUGGAUACCUAGAGAAGGGAGGUGAGGAUCCCGAAGGUCAUGGCUGUUGGUAUCAGACUGUCAAAUCAUGUGUAGCUGGGUUGGAUGAAAUCAAGUCAAGCCUUGAGGAAGGAGGUAGCAAAGGUGUGGUGACAGAAACACCAAAGAUGAACCGUGGCUUGGUGUUGCUGUUUUGUGUGGCUGGCUUGCAAGGGUCCUACCUAGCUUGGGGAGUCCUUCAAGAACGUAUCAUGGCACAUGAGUAUGGCAAAGAUGCAAAAAAUCCUGGAGAGAAAUUCAGCAACUCCCAAUUUUUGGUUUUCAUGAACCGUGUUCUUGCUUUCAUAGCUGCUCUGUGUGUCAUGAACUUUACUGCUCAACCACGCCAUACUGCACCUCUGUACAAGUAUUCCUACUGCUCCUUGUCCAAUAUCAUGAGUAGCUGGUGUCAGUACGAGGCUCUCAAGUUUGUGACCUUCCCCACUCAAGUCCUGGCCAAAGCUUCCAAGAUCAUUCCUGUCAUGCUCAUGGGCAAAGUUAUAUCAGGGAAAACAUAUGAGUACUAUGAGUACAUCACUGCUGUGAUGAUCUCUGUCGGUGUGGCACUGUUCUUGUUGUCACAGGGAGGAGAUCACAAGGGGUCAACCGUGACAACAAUAUCAGGGGUCAUGAUCCUGGUUGGUUAUAUGGCCUUUGAUAGUUUCACCUCUAACUGGCAAGCAGACCUGUAUAAGACUUACAAAAUGUCCAGUAUUCAGAUGAUGUUUGGUGUCAACCUCUUCUCCUGCCUUUUCACAAGUUGGUCUCUUAUAGAACAAGGUGGGUUUUUCGAGGGAAUCGGCUUCAUGCUCAAAUACAACACCUUCAUGUUUCAUGUGGGACUACUGUCGCUGUUUUCAGCCACAGGACAGCUCUUCAUUUUCUAUACCAUCUCCCAGUUUGGUGCGGUCACCUUCACCAUCAUCAUGACACGUCAGGCCCUGGCUAUCCUCCUAUCCUGCAUCAUCUACGGCCAUCCCCUCAAUAUCCAGGGCAUCAUGGGCAUUCUAGUGGUAUUCGUGGCUCUCUUCCUCAGGGUGUAUGCAAGACAGCGUAAGUCAGGGCAAAAGGCCAAACCUGCACCUGCUCAAGAAUCAUCCAUUGGUCCAAAUAAGACAUGACUAGGCAGCCGUACUCGUGAUUUGUAAGUUGUGCUGUGAUGUAGUGCUAACCUUGUGCCAUGUUCAGAUGAUAGCUCUCCUCUUGAGAGAAACUGACACUCUAGAGUAAACAUGUGAGUAAUACACCUGUACAAUGUUGAUGCACAUGGUAGUAAAUUUCUAUACAUGUGUACUCAGAAAUAUUUACUUUUAAGGUAUCAUGAUUGGAACCAUUACUAUCAAAGUAAGCCUCUGAAUAUUAUUUAUUAGUAACCAGUUCAGCAACUUUCAAGUACAUGCUAGCAUAACUUUAUAAUUUUGUUUGGUUCAUCAGUGCUUUCUUCUCCAUUUACUCAGUUGAAUAUUUGCAAGCUUACUCUGAAGGUUAGUUUUUUUCAAAGCUAAAGUGAUCAUCUAGACAUGGCUCCAAUGACCUUUGUAAAUAACUAAUUGUAUAUUUGGACGUUAUGAGUGUUUCAAAUUGAAAGUCUUGACAUUCAAAAAUUGUCUUUCUGCUUAAUGUUAUAACUGUGAAUGUUGAAGUGUAUGCACAUUUCAAGCUAAUAAGAAUGAACCUGAAUUGUACAAAA